AUGGUAAAUGUCAGUGGCGUUCACCUGUCCGUUGUGUGUCAGUCCGUCACAGCAGCAAGGAGAACAGGAGAACAGACCAGCACAGACGAACCUUCGCAGUCUGUGCUGUCAACGGCGGAGGGGCGGAGGGGCGGGGACAUGCAGCAGACCGGGGCCUGCUACCGUAAUAACCCGAGCUGCUAUGCCAAUGGUAAAGUCACCGAAGCCUGUGGGGACAUGGAACCCAAGCACAGUGCUCCGGCUCAGACCACUCAAAGCCCUUAUCACCUAACAACCAACACCAGCACCUUCAGCCCCGGAGAUCAUAUCCAAGUCAUUCUAUCCGGAACACCACAUUUUAAAGGCUUCCUGCUUCAGGCCAGAGAUGCAUCCAGUCAGGGCUCAGCAUCCACCACCGGCAGCUUCAACCUGACCAAUCCUCACAGGACACAGCUGCUGACCUGUAAUAACCAGCAGGGUUCAGCAGUGAGCCAUACGAGUGAAAAGAGGCUGACAGAGGUUGUUGUCGUCUGGAAUGCUCCCAAAGAUGCUCCCAGUGAGGUUCAGUUUUUUGUGACUGUACUCCAACACUACAAUUUAUUUUGGGUGAAGCUGCCAGGACCAAUCAUCUAUCACCAUGGUGUUACACCUCGCCCACCUCAGUCAACCACUACGCUUCCUCCGUUCACAUCUGACAGCUGCGGCCAGUCUAAAUCCUGCCUGCUCGACCCUGCAGGCUGUGAUCCAAAAGAUCCUCACUGCUUCUUUCUUUCCAUGACGACAGAAGGACCGAACAAAACGUCUGUGAUGUUUGAGCUGAGUGGCCCAGCGGAAGGAUACGUUUCCUUUGCGCUGUCUUGGGACGCAUGGAUGGGCAAUGAUGAUGUGUAUAUGUGUGUAAAAGAUGGGGACAGAGUCUCAGUGAGUGCUGCCUUCUUCAGUGGACGAACACAUCCCGAGGACCAGACACAGGCUGGACUCUCCUCAGUAUCAUGGCGACUGGCAGAUGGAACCAUCCAGUGCAGGUUCAGUAGACCAGUCAAAGUGGCCAAUCAGGAACCAGGCCGCUAUGACCUGAACCAAGAGUACUUUCUGUUUCUAGCCAGCGGACAUGCUCAGUAUGGUAAAAUAUGGAAACAUAAUCAACAACCAUUAGUGUCCGUCCACAGAAAAUGUAUCACAGGCCCCUCUGAGGUACUGACAGGCUCCAGAGGACCCACCAUCAUGAAAGUGCAUGGUGCUGGCUGGCAGCAUGCAGGUGUCCAUCCCUACCUGGGCUGUUGUGUUGUGGCAUUAACUCUGAUUCAACCAAUAACAGCUGUGUUCAGACCAAGACCUGACUCUCACAGGAGAUAUCUGUUUAACUGGGCCCACUGGGGACUUGGAUCUCUGACUGAGAUCUUGGCAGUGGUGGCCAUGUUCCUGGGUACACAUCAAUCAUCACUGCUCCUCCCCCAGCCAUGGACGACGCAUGUUUUGAUUGGCUAUGUGACAUGGCUGGCCUCAUUCAGAUUCAUGCUCCUGAUUCACAAACACCUUAACAUCAAAAAAGCACUAGGGCCAGAUGACAUACAGGAAAUCCAUUCCAACCAAUCAGAGCCCUCUUCCCGGGGGUCCUUCAAAAAGUCUCUCAUCUUGGCUGCCCUGGCUUUGGGAAACUCUGGUUUCCUGAUAGCCUUGUUGUCUUCUAUUGCUGACAUUUGAAAUAACCUUCACAACCUUUUAUGCAAGACAU